AUGGCUGAUCUACCCAAGAAUGGGGAAUCCUCGACGUCGAUAUCGACCCCGAAAGACGGGUUGAUAACCCUCUAUUUGGUCAAUGGCGUAGCGACAGUAUGGGAUGCUCAAGUCGCUGCCACCCUACAUUGCAUACAUAACAUCUCAGGUCUAAGAGCAGGCACAUUACCAGGUGUAUCUCAGCAGAAUGGGUUUCUGGGACUGCCCUUGACGUUGAUGAAAGAAGAGACGGCGUAUCUGGUCCAACAAGGCAUAGCCCACCUCGUCCCUCUGCCUUCUUUCCCCACUCUACCAACAGCGGAUGAUAUCUCCCAGCACACCGCCAAGCGUAUUGAGCGGAUACGCAAGCUCGAGCAGCACGCUAGAGACUUGGAGGAAGAAAGGCAGAAAUUGUCAAGUCAAGCAUUCGAAAAGGGAGGAGAGAAAGCUAGAGCAAAGAGGGAAGCUAGGGCAAGGGCCAAAGCUGAGAAAGAGAGGGAGCAGAAGUUGAGAGAACAUGAUGGUCUAUUUGGAGAUGAUACCACUGCAACAACAAGUAUACAAGAAUCAACGAUCGAUAUACCACCCUCUGUUAAACUUGAAGAUACUGUGACUACCCCAGCUACUCCUUCUGGAUCUAUACCUAAAGAUUCACCUGGACAUUUCCUUACCAUUCCCUCUCAUCCUCCCAUCCCUUCUUCAAUCCAAUCCAUUCAACCUAUAACAUCCAUUCCCCACCCCUUGUUUCCCUUCCCAGUUACUCCGAGGGACACAGCGCUAUUGGACGUAUUCACGACGUUGCAGAAAAGAGGAUAUAGGAUGGGCCUUGGACCGAGAUUUGGUGGAGAAUAUCUGAUAUAUCCAGGGGAUUAUCUGAGGUAUCACGCUCAUUUUACUAGUCAGGUGAUCGUACGGGACGAACCGAUCAAACCCUCUGAGCUUGUUGCGUGGGGGAGGUUGGGGACUGGUACGAAGAAAGCUGGAUUACUUUGUUGUUGGACCGAUGAUGCAACGAAUACCAGAUUAAGGGAAGGCCAAGAGAACGAAGAAGAAAAGGAAGAGGAAGAGGGAGGAGUGGAAUUUUAUAGUUUAGAAUGGGCAAACUUCGGAUAG